CUGAACCUGCCCUGGGAGGAAGCAUACAAAACUUUGGGGUAUUUGCAAGCUGAUGAGACAGAAGACAAAUGGACAAAGGGUGUCUGAAAAUAUCCCCCCACCCCCGGUCUUUGAUUUAAUUAACUAGCAUUCAAGUUUCCAGUUGCAAAACGGCAACAGGGCUGAACAAUCACUGAGGCAUUGUCCAAGGCCUCUUGGUUCCACAGAGGACCAGGACGAGGAUGGAGGCCAUCGCCUUGUACAACUUCCAGGCUGAUGAAAAGGAUGAAUUAGCAUUUAAGAAGGGUGACACACUGAAGAUCCUGAACAUGGAAGAUGACCAAAACUGGUAUAAAGCAGAGCUCUUUGGCAUGGAAGGAUUCGUCCCCAAAAAUUACAUCAAGAUGAAACCUCACCCGUGGUAUUCUGGCAAGCUGUCCAGGCAAAGAGCCGAGGAAGCUCUCUUAAAGCGUCAGUUCCGGGGAGCUUUUCUCAUUCGGGAGAGCGAGAGCAGUCCAGGAGAUUUCUCCAUGUCGGUGAACUAUGGAGAUCAAGUGCUACACUUCAAGGUUCUCAGAGAGAAGAAGGGGAAGUACCAUCUCUGGGACGAGAAGUUCAACUCUAUUAACGAACUGGUGGAUUUCUACAGAACGACCAGCAUCGCCAAGAAGGGGCAGAUCUUCCUCAGGGACGAUGCAGAAAUGAAAGAGCCUAAAAAGCCAAAGUUUGUUCAAGCUCAGUUCAACUUCGUGGCCGAAAACCUGUCCCAGUUGAGCUUCUAUCGAGGGGAUGUCCUUGAGAUCCUGGACUGCUCUGACCCCCACUGGUGGAGAGGGAGGAUAGGAGUGAAAACAGGCCUCUUUCCCAGGAACUAUGUCUUCCCACUGCGUAUCUGACCUGCUUUGCCUGAGUUCUCCUUGGAGACACAUCUCAUACCAGCCAAACAAAAUCUCCCCAAUGUUCCACCAUGGAAUGUGAAGGAAUGACCAUCCCACUCUGAACUUCUUCCAGGAGGGGACAAAGAGGCCACCUCCCAUGUGACUGCUGGUGCUCUAAGACAGUGACCUUCAGCCUUUUCUGACCCACAACUAGGGAUGGGGGGAGAUAUUGUUUGUAUUUUAAUGAGAAAUUACCCAAUUCACACUCCUCAAACCAAUAUGCAGACUGAAACCCAGCCAUCCCUUGAAAGUCACACUUGGUUGAACUUUGUGAUGCAGUUUGCCAACCAGACAAUGUAUACAAAACUGCAUCUAUUUGAGAAAAGUGGGCAUUAAAAUACAUGUAUUAGUGAAAAUAGCAUACAAAAAUACCUUACGUUAGAGGAAACUGCUUGCAAAAACAUGCAUAUUAUUCAAAACUGAAUGCAAAAAAAUUUAAUCAGGGUAAAAGUGCACUAAAAUGCUAACAAAUUUUCCUGAGUAUUUUUUUUUACAUUGCAAAUUGUGAAGAUGUGAAAAACUGAAUGUAAGGUUGCAAAAAUGAGAAACUGAGGAAAACAAAAGUAGAUCCUGCUUUGGCCCAACCAUGAAUUUGGGAACUACUUCUUAAUCAUUUGUCCUAUACUUGUAGCUGGUCAUACAGCAAUGCACUAGUGUGUCCUGACCCACUAGCUGAAGACUAGUGCUGUAAGUCCAUGCUGACAUUACAAACAUCUGACACGUUCAUUUCUAACUGUUGUGUGAUUGAUCACUCAGACUUCCACAAAUGUGUUAGAAUCCCUGUGACUCUUGCCAAAUCUGAAUGGCUCUAUCUAUGCUGCAGACUAUGGCUGCAAUCCUAAUCCCACUUACCUGGGAGUAAACCUAGGAUUUACUUGUGAGUGGAUGUGGGUCAGAUUAUGCUGUUAGGCUGCUUCCAGAAGGGUGGCUCGCAGUGGCAACUAGUGGCUCCAUGUCAGUGAGGCA